ACUAUGGCUGGCUGUGGCGUUCACGCCUUUCACUUGUUUUGAUUGCGUGGUUAUGUCAUAUCUGUAGAUUGUACUCAAGUUACUUAUCUUGCAGAUCUGUUGCACCGUGACUCCCUCAGCACCGCGCAACCGGCCAACCGCAAGCGCUAGAAUUUGAAUUUGCUGUGCCAGCGUUUGUUUUUGUUUAUAUUACCACAGUUACACAGUGACAACGGCAAAAAAAAUUUUCUGUGUGGUGUUACCCAAACACGAAUGAAAUGAGCCAGAACACAAAAAAGUUAAAGAAGAUAUUCAUUUGUACCUUAUGUGGAAAGACAUUUAGUAAACAGUGCAAUCUAAGUAGACACAUUAGAAAUAUACACAAGUCUUCUGAGGGUGGCAGAAAAUGUACUUUGAUUUGUCCGUUAUGCAGCGAAACGUUCUGGAAAUAUACCGAACUGGAUGCACAUCUCAAAAAUGCGCACUCCAUAAAAAUAACAGAGGAGCAGAUGAUUUUUGACUCGAAAGAACAUUUUCAAAACUGGAAACAGAAGCUUGAAACAGAUACCCAAUCAGGUUUCCGAAUGUCUAGGUCAUUAUCUUCAAAAGAUUUCCGUCUGACAGACUAUCUUUGCCAUAGGAGUGGAAAGGCUGUUUAUUCAAAAAUAAUCAACAGGCAGCGAGCCACAAAGGGUAAAGGACCAAAUGGAAUAAACUGCAACUGUCCUGCAAGAAUUAUUACUAAACAAAUGGCUGAUGGAUCAAUAACAGUUCAUUUUUUUGGGACGCAUGUCGGCCAUACCCAAGACGUUGGUAGACUUCGUCUUUCCCAUGCUGAAAGAGCAACAAUCGCUGCCAAAUUAUGUCAGGGCAUACCACCACAGCAGAUUUUAAAAGAUAUUGGAGAUGAAUUUAAUCCAAGCAAGCGAAUUUCGUACACAACACUUCGUGACAUUCACAACAUAAAACACUCUUUUAAUGUAAGCUCGGAUAUCAUUUUUGAUAAAGACGAUGCUGAAAGUGUUGAUGUUCUUAUCAACCAGUUGAAUCCAUUAAUUGAAGAUUCUGACGAAAACCCUAUUCUUGCAUAUAAACCCUAUGGUGUCGAAGACCUGGAAAUAGGUACAAACAAUUUUUUCUUAAUUUUCAUGAAUCAGGCACAAAGGGAAUUAUUGAAUAUUUAUGGGAAUGAUAUUCUCAUGAUAGAUUCCACACAUGGAACUAACCCAUAUAAAAUUCAACUAACAACCCUUAUGGUGGUUGACAGACGUUUUGAAGGCUUUCCUGUGGCAUUUCUUUGGUCAAUAACUCAAACCAAAAAAAUGUUCGAACAUUUUUUUACUGCCAUUAAAAAAAUAGUGCCUGAUAUUAAACCAAGGUAUUUUAUGUCAGUUGAUACAAACACAUUUUACAAUGCGUUUGUAAGUGUGUAUGGUCAUAUUCCAAGUAAACUACUUUGCGACUGGCAUACUAAAAAAAAAUUAUUUGAAAAUUUAACAAAGAUUUCUUCAGCUGAAAAGAAAGAAGAAACUAAAGCCUCACUGAAAUCGAUUAUCAAUGAAGUGGAUGUCGUUACUUUUGAGACAACAUUACCUACAUUUACAGAGAAUUUAAUAAAAGAUCCCGAAACAGAAAAAUAUGGUACAUACUUUUCAAAAUAUGCUAACAGGCCAGAACAGUGGGCACUUUGCUUCAAAAAAGAGUUUCACAGAAAUACAAACCUGGCCUUAGAAAAUUGGCAUCAGGAGUUGAAGCACAAUGCUUCUGUAGGUGGAAAAUGUCAACAAAGACUGGACCGUAGCAUUCAAAAUGUAUUGGAAUGUCUUCGACAGAAGUGCUUAAAACUGCUUAUAUACGUAUCACACAAUGAAGUUCCUCAUAAGUUAUACGCUUUAAGAAAAAGGCACGAAUUAGCCUGUUUAGUUUUAAACCAGACUGAUUUACAAAGAGAAUCUGCUAGUACUUUUUUAGUGACCUCAAAAAAUAAAGAUACGGACCCCUUGCUUGAAUUCUUUAAGGUUACAGUGGUGGCUCAGCCAGAGCAAUGUAAAUGUGAAUUUUUGUGUACAGAAUGCCGAAAAUGUUUGCAUAUGUUGUCCUGUACUUGCCAUGACUACAGCGUACACUACAACAUGUGCAAACACAUACAUCUUGUCUGCCUCAAGUAUUUUCCAAUGCAUGAUGAUAUUCAACCUAUCCGAACUUUUACAGAUCAAAAUAUUCUGGAUGACCAAAAUUAUGAGCAUAAUACUAUUUCAAACCAUCUGCAUAGUCGGAAAACUAUAACUAGCUCUUCAGAACUGGAAACUCUGAAAAGGGCUGCUAUUGAAAACUUUCAUGACUUAGUAAGUGAAAUUUCUAGUGUAGAAGCUGUCUCAUACUUAUUAACAUAUCUAAAUACUGUAAGAAGUGAAAUACAUGCCUUACAAAAUAAUUCAGUUGACAAUAUGGUCCCAGAAAAGAGCAAUAAUGAUAAUAAAAAUGCAGAACACCAAAAAAGAUAUUUAUGCAAGUUAAAAAAAAAUAAAAGAAAAAGAUGUCCAGUUCCUGAGAAUAAUGACUGCAUUUCUAACUUAUUAACUUAGUCCAUUAAUUGAUGUAAUCACACCUAUCCAAAUAGUAUAUAAUCCUACUUAACUUAAGUUGCAAAUUAAUGCGUUAAAAAUUUUUGAAUAUGAUGGAUUAUAAGUUUGACGUUUUUUUUUAAAUUAACAUUUAGUUUAGUUAACCUCUUUAUCCUUGUUACCAUACAUACCUAUUCUUUGCACUGUUUGGAGAGUCUAGUUUAUAAGAAAUUGUAUGUUUGUUAAAUUUUGGAAGACCUGAAUAUUACAAAAUAAAUAAAUAAAAUGUAUAAGUAUUAUACCUACUUCUAAAUGCUGUCUACUUGGAAUAUUUUUUAUAUUUGAAUAAAUGUUUUGUGAAAAAAACUUUCUUCAACAAAGUGACGUAUUAGGGAUGUGUUUGAUGCUUUAGAAGAGAAGUUGCCACACAACUUACUUUGUACCAUUCCUCACAUUCAGCCAUUCUCUCAAUGUCUCAUGAAUUGAUUGCAGAACACUUAUUUUAUUAAACACGCAAUGAUUUCAGUGAACACCACGUAUUUGUCAAUAGACUCAUUGGUAUUUUUACCAAUUGGAACUUUUGUUCCAAAUUACAAAUCAAAUGUCACUGUAUUUUGGGAAAAAAUAUGUUU